AUGGUUACGGCAAUACAAAGUAUGGAACGACAGUUUCAGAUACCAUCAAAAUUUUCUGGAUUUAUGGUUAGCGCUAGUGAUUUUGGAUAUAUACCAACAGUUAUAUUUAUUGCGUAUUUUGGUUCAAGAGGAAAUCGAGCUAAAUGGAUAGCAGUGGGUUCAUUGAUGACUGCUUUCUCCUUCCUUUUAAUAGCUUCACCUAAUUUUUUUUUUCCGGCAGAAUCAACUCAUUUAAACUUAACAGCAUUUAAGGAUACAUUAAAACCAUCUUCAAAGUUAACAUCAACAAACGCUUCCAUAUCGGAUUUGAUUAAUUUUGCACCAAUUUAUGACCAAAUUCCGGCUGAUCUUAGAAGACGACUGUUAGUUCAUUUUGAUGAUACAGAAAAAGUUGAUCGAAUUCGUAGAGAUAUUGAAAAUUUACGUUCAAGUUCUGUCGAAGUUACUUCUGAAGCAAAUCUGUAUUCUGUUGAUGAAGACAUCAUUAUUCAGGUACUGGUUAUUGAAGAAAUGAACAAUAUCGUAAAAGGUAAUGGUGACUCAGAAAAACUUAAAAGUCUUUUGGAAACUUAUGUACAGAACCGAGCAAAAGAAGAAGAAAGCGAUCUUAUAAGCAUAAGACGUAGCGCUGCAGCACCAUUUUCUUUCUGCAAUCGGCUUAUCAACGAUUUAAGAGGUGUAAUAAAGGAUGACAAGUGUAGUCGAAAUACCUCUAAUAUGGGGCCGUUUUUGACGAUACUGACUGCAAUGCUUAUCCUUGGAGUUGCCAGAACAAUGCCUUGGUCUCUUGGAAUACCGGUAAUUGACGACAAUGUGAAACGAAGAAACUUACCGACAUAUUUUGCUGGUGUGUCAUUCUUUCGAAUUCUUGGUCCAAUUACCGGUUUCUUAAUCGGAAGCUUUUGUAAUAAGCUGUAUUUUACGCUUCGACCUCCACCGGGUUUAACUGCAGAUGACCCAAUAUGGAUUGGAGCUUGGUGGUUGGGUUUUUUAUUAAUUGGAGGUUUUUUGAUUGGUCCAUCGGGUCUCCUCUACUUCUUUCCAGCAAGUUACGUUGACUGUUUUUUAAUUACAGAUUUUGUUCGCUGUAAUUGCGAAGUGUUUCACUCAAAAGUUUAUGUAGCAUCAGUGCUGGCUCGAGUACUCGAUAUGCUUGCUUUCCGUGGCUAUAUGGUGUUUCUCCCAAAAUAUCUUGAAAAUCAUUAUGGUAUUCCGCAGUAUAAAACACACCGAUUAAUGGCUAUGUUUGGUGUUCUUGGUUUCGGACUAGGAACAGUUACUGGUGGACUAAUUAUGCGCAAGUUCAAGCUAAAUGGUCGCAAGGCUGCUGUUUAUCUGCUUAUUGUUUCAUCUUUCAAUGUUUUAUUAUUUUUCUCGAAAGCAUUUAUGAGCUGCAAUUCUAUUGUAAAUUCAGUCGGAAUUGCCGGAAUGGAAACAAAUAUGAAUUACACAAAAACGUGUAAUGCUGAGUGCAACUGUCAAGAUUCACCGCUAUUUCCAAUUUGUAGUGCGGAUGGAACACCUUACUUUUCACCAUGUCAUGCAGGAUGUAGGCAGGUUCGAGUAACGAGUUUGUCAUCUUAUCAGUUAGAAUUUUUCAACUGUGACUGUGAGCCUACCGGUGUCUUAAAGAAAGAAUUCUGCAAAGAUGGGUGUAAAUUUAUGACAGUAAUUUUCUUUGCCGCCGUCAUGCUUGGUUCCUUUAUGGCUGGUAGUGGUGUGGUCACAGGAAUGCUCAUUCUUUUAAGAUCUGUACCACCUGCAAGCAGAAGUAUUUCAUUGGGUUUACAAGGAUUUCUUGUUAGUCUUUUGGCAACAUUACCGUCGCCGUUUAUAUGGGGUGCUAUUUUUGACAGCGCUUGUAUAUUUUGGAACCGGCAGUGUUUUGGAAGACCAGGAGCUUGUGCUAUAUAUGAUCCUAAUAUGUUACGUCAACGUGCUCACUUUAUCUAUUCAUUAAUACGAUUAUUUUCAAUUGUAUCGGAUCUCUUUGUUGUUUAUCAUGCCAAAGGACUUAAUUUAUUAGAAGAAGAAAAAGAAGAGGAAAAACAAGAAUCUUCGGUUGACAAAGGUUUUGAGAAUAUUCCUUUGUAA